AAAAAAAUGGAGCAUGGAUGGAACUGGGAGCAGGGGACACUGGUGGGUGAGCUGAUUCAAGGACUGGAGUUAGCGAAACAGCUAAGGUUGCAGUUGGAUACAUCAUCUUCUGCUCAAUCCACACACUUGUUAGUACAGAAGAUUUUAUCUUCCUAUGAGAAAGCUCUUCAGAUUUUGAAAUUCAAUGUGGGUGCGAGUGCAACAUCUGGUGUGCCGGAGUCACCACUAUCCAUCAAUGGCAGCCCUCGAAGUGAUGAUUUAGAUAAGGAUAACCAGGAUUCCAGAGAUGUCUCAAAGAAGAGAAAGAUGUUGCCGAGAUGGACGGAUCAGGUGAGAGUUACUUCUGAAAGCCUGUUGGAAGGAACUCAUGAUGAUGGCCAUAGUUGGAGAAAAUAUGGGCAGAAAGACAUCCUGGGAGCCAAAUAUCCUAGAAGCUAUUACCGAUGCACGUACCGGCACAGUCAGGAUUGUUGGGCAACAAAGCAAGUCCAGAGAUCAGACGAAGACCCCACCAUCUUUGAGGUCACUUACAGGGGCGCUCAUACAUGUGCACAUGGAAACCAGAUGGUUCCACCACCUGCAUCACCAAACAAACAAGAACAUAAAUCCACCAACCUUAAUAACAAUAACCAACAAUUGCAAUCGCUCUUAAGCCUUCGAAACGGCCUACGGGUCGAUACGGAGGGAUUGGACAAUAAAGAGAUGGCAUUGGCACCUUCUUUCUCAUUCCCUUCAACACCAUUCGAGUUGCUAAAGAGUGAAAACCAUAGCUUUUCACCUUCAGGAGUACUUGAUAACAACAAUAUCUUAAGUAGCUUUUCUUCGCCUUUUAUGUCCCCUGCUACAUCUGAGUUAAACUACUUUUCGGCUUCGCAAUCUCAGACGAACAACUUCGGAGUGAUUCUCGAUACACGGAAUUUCGAAUCCGAUCUCAAGGGAUUGAUUUCAGCCAACACUUCAGCCACCAACUCUCCAAUUAUGGACUUGGAUUUCUCACUCGAUCAAGUGGAGUUGGAUCCAAACUUCCAAUUUGAUGCCCGGGGUUUUUCUCCUAAUUCUUUUUUACGAUCGAAAUAAAGAGUAAAAGGUAGAUGUAGAACUCGGGUUCCACUGACCGGAUUAGCUGGUUGCAUCUGUUCACUCUAGCUUUGUUUUUCCCUAGGAGCUUCUGUACAAUACAUAAGUCUCUUCCAAUUUACUGUUGAUUGCAAGACAUUUCUUCUGAUAACGAGUUUUGACAUUUGUUCUAA